AUGUGUGCUCCUUGCACAUACAAGCUCAAAGAUGAGCCCACCCUCCUCCCCUCCAUGCUCAUUGCCAUGGAUGGCAACAACUCGUUGAAAAUGGUGGAUACUGACUACAAAUCUGGAAAGCUGCGGAUCGACACACGAACACUUUUGGAUUACCAUUGGAUUGAAGAUGAGCAGAUCAACGAGUUCAAAGAUGAGGUUGCAAAAAAUCAAGCCCAGGCAAAGUCAAAGAAAACAACCAGCUUGACAAACAAUCAACCAGACCCAGCAUCCAGCAUCAAAGAUGAGGACAUUGUGUGGCUUGAAAUCAUUGAGGCAGAUGUCUUAGCAGCCUGUAUCGACACCUGCAUCAAUCGAUGGCGAAAUCCAGGACCAGAUUCAAAGAAGAGAAUGUGCCAAAUGUUCGCCAUGGCCAUUUGUUGGUUAUUUGUGAUAUGGUGUGGAGUGGAGAACUUUAAGAUGAAGUACCCGCUUGCAAUCAUUGAUAAUUUGCUGAAGAAGUAUGGUGAUAAUCUUGGCCUGGGUUACGACAUCAUGUUACGAACUGUUCACUUUCAGGCCUACUAUACCCUGCUAACCAGCACACAGUACCCCCAGCAAUUUUCCUGA